UUAUGAAGUGUAUGUGUAUUGUGUGUGAUUUAGACGAUUCUAACCUCUUCUUACACGUUGAGCGAAUCAACUCUGUAUUACAUUUAUUGGUGUUAACAUUUAUUUAUAAUAUAUUGUAUGUAAUUUUUUGAAUCGUACUGAAAGGCACUUUUGCAUUACUAUGUUCUUAACAAACGUGUUGUUGAAAAAGGCAAAGAGCAAGCAUGUCUUAGUCAUUGCAGAAAGUGUUGUAACUGGUCAUCAAUUGGUCCGCAUUAGAGACAGAUUGGCUGAUAAAUUAGAAUUUAUAUUCUUUGAUCCUUAUAUUCAACAGAAGACGCUGUAUAAAGAAAAGAAAAAAUUACAUAGUUUAUAAUCUAUAAAUAUAUACUAUUAUGUAUUAUUUAGAAAUUUCCUGUC